AUGGCCACCGAAUGCAAACACAGCGCCACAAUCCUCGAACAACAAUGUCACUCGACAGAGUUUGAAGGCCCCUCUGCAUCCACCAAUGUGCACGCCGCAGUAUACCCCAGCGUGCAUGAAAAUCGAGUCCCACAAUCCGUAUUCUCAAUCAUCGAACCACCAGCGCCACAUUCAUCCAUCACAACGCACAUUCUAGACCCGGCGCCCACUGACAUUUUUCCCGAUGGCGGUCUUCGCUCAUGGAGCGUGAUCAUGGGAUCAUUCUUCUUGCUGAUGAGUACAUAUGGUUUAAUGAACUCCACAGGUGUGCUGCAAAGCUACUUUGCGACGCACCAAUUGGCAGAUUACUCUACUAGCGCCGUGGGCUGGAUCCCCGGCGUCUUCUUAUUCUUUGGCUUGGGUCUAAGUGCUCAGGUUGGAUCAAUGUUUGACCGGUAUGGCCCGACAGGGAUUCUGAUCACGGGUGCUGGAUGUUAUGUUGCAGGCCUGUUGCUUUUGGCCGAGUGUCGGCUGUACUGGCAUUUCAUUUUGACAUUGGGAGUGUUGACGGGGACGGGGUCCGCACUUCUGAGUACCGUUGCCUUGGCGGCGGUACCGCAUUGGUUUGACAGGAAGGUGGGAAUGGCCAUGGGAGCUGCUAUGGCCGGUGGUGGAGCUGGGGGUGUGGCGUUUCCGCUGAUAUUAAGGGCGGGAUUCACACAUUUGGGCUUCAAGUGGGCGAUUAGACUGUUGGCGUUGAUUAUUGCCAUUUUCUGUGGUCUGGGGAUCUUGUUGGUCAGGUCUCGUUUGCCGAAAGGUCGCAGUCGGUCGACUAUCAAUUUGCGAGCCUUUCAAGAUGCUCGAUUCACUUGGUUGACGUUGGGGACUUUCAGUCUGGAGCUUGAAGUGUUCGCGGGGAUUGGUCUAUACCCAACAUACGUUGUGAUGCAGGGUUUUAGCACCUCCACGAGCGUGAUCCUUCUAGCCGUUCUGAGCAUAUUUUCAACAGUUGGCCGGUUGAUGGCCGGUGGAAUCGCUGAUAAGUACGGGCGCAUCAACACACAAGCCGUUCUCAUCGCGCUCGGGGUUCUAGCGAUUUUCGUCAUUUGGCUACCGUUUGGGGACACGUUGCCAGGUCUGUAUAUGUUUAGCACGGUAUUUGGACUUGCAUCUGGCUCUUUUCUGAGCUUGGCACCGGCGUGUAUAGGACAGAUAUCUAAAGCGAGCGAAGUCGGAGGGAGAUUCGGUAUCUGCUACUCUAUUGUCAGCAUAGCAACCCUGAUCUGCAUCCCGAUUGGUGGUGAAAUGCUGCAAAAGGUGGGUAAAAGGGCGAUGGUUGGGUAUUUAGGAAGCGUGCUCAUCGUGGCAUUAGGCAUGUUCACCAUGGCACGGUGGGCAUGUCUUGGUUACCGGUGGAGAUGGCAGGCCAAGAUCUAA